AUGUCUGAAAAAGAAGGAUCAGGAUCGAGCAUUACACCCAGUGUUAAAAAAACCACCAGACGAUUUGCGCCUGUGAAAAGAGGAGGCAAAUCACCUGCAGCCAAAAGACGUGAAGCAGCAGCGGCAGCAGAGUCGUCGGCAGCAACAGUAAGUGAAUCAAACGGUGGAGAAACGUCAUCGGCAGCAGAGUCAAGUGCAACAACAGAAUCGCAUACAUCUUCUGCUAAUAAAUCCACUUCGAUCGGUACGAUCCGCCCUACUUCUUCAGCCGAAUCGGGUCGAUUACCCAGUGUGAAUGAUGGGCAGAAAACCAGAGGAGGAGCGAUCAAGAUGAAAUUCAAACCCACCAUUCCUUCCAAGAGAAAUAAAAAAGAAGUAACUGCUUCUACUAUUGAUGAAGCAUUGAAUACAUCAAAAUCAGAACGCGGUGGACGUCCUGGUGAACGGGGUGGGUUUAGAGGCCGUGGUGGUGGUAGGGGUCGUGGCCGUGGAAGAGGUGGCAGAGCCGGUCCAGGCGGCAUCAUUCUAGUAGACGAAUCUACCACUGCCUCGGGUUUGUUCUCCUUGGGUCCAUCGAUUGUAUCGAGAAUCAAUCGCCCUGUCUAUACAGGCGGCGGUGGUUAUGCAUCGUAUGGCGGUGAUGUACCUUCCAGAGCGGAAGGAGAAACAGCCAAUUCAGAUAUGGUCGAGAUGUUUACGACCGACAUGCGAGAAGAUACACCGGUGACAUUCAAACAUAUCUCUCGAUUAGAAGGGGAUAUUGAUCCUGUCACAUUAGAGCAGAAAGUGGGUAAAAUUCCUUGGAUCACAGUGAAGCGAGCCGAGCCAGCAUUAAAGAAGGAGGAAAACAAAGACAUGGAAUCCCCUGUUACAGUAAAGGCCGAACCCGUGGACGAUACGACUGAUAUAUUGAUGGAAGAUGUACCUCUUCGUUUGGAAGAUGACGAAACAACAUUAGACAAACCGAUCCAUAUCGAGAAUGGUGACAAAGAAAAGACACCUGAACAAGAGGCAGAAUUACCCAAGGUUUAUAUGGAUAGCGAUGCGCCCGCACAAAAUAUCUUUGGUUUGGAUCAGAAUCGCAAACUUGUUUGUGUGGCAGAGGAUGAAUUAUUACAUUUCCAAUUACCCGCAGUUAUACCCACAUUUGAAAAGCCAAAGGUACCUGAAACGACUGAUGCGGAUCCGUUAGAUACUGAAAUGACCAAUAAACCUGAAGACGACGAUAAAGUAACGAUUAAAAAGGAAAGAGAUCUACCACCAGCAGCCAAAAAGUCAACACUUUUGCUGGAGGAAGCUAUGGCCAAUAUGGACUUGGAAGAUAUGCCUGACGGACAAGUAGGCAAACUCAUCAUUUAUAAAAGUGGUAAAAUGAAGAUGAAGUUUGGUUCUAUUCUGAUGGAUGUCAAUCAAGGCAUGCAUCCUACUUUUCUAGAGAAUGUCAUGGUGGUUGACCACGAAAGUGAUGAAACCAAGAAAGCGAUUGAAUUGGGCCAUAUUGUACAAAAAUUUGUCUGUAUUCCUAAUAUGGAUGCGCUUUUAGAAGACGUUCAUAACGACGAUACUGCUACCACUAUUCUUGAGCAUUUUCAGAAAAUUUUACCUUUCAAAACCAACCAUGUGCUGAUCUUGACAGCCCAUCCCGACGAUGAAUGUAUGUUUUUCGGUCCAACAAUAACAUCACUGAAAACAUUAACGAAAGCACGCUUGCACGUAUUAUGCUUAUCCAAUGGUAACGCCGACGGUUUAGGUGAAUUACGUAAAAAGGAAUUGGUGAAGAGCUGUCAAACGUUUGGACUUCAACCUUCACAUGUACAAUGCAAGCAUCAUCCUGACCUUCAAGAUGGUAUGCAGAAUAUGUGGAGUGCUGCGUUAAUCUCGAGCCUAUUAAAGGAUUUUGUCGCAAAGCACAAGAUUGAUACUAUCAUCACUUUUGAUAAUCAUGGUAUAUCUGGUCAUUCCAAUCAUAUCGCGACCUAUCGGGGAGCAAGGGAAUUUGUACGAUCAGAGAACAAUCGUGUUCAGCUAUACUGUUUGAAGUCCUUACUCGUGGCUCGAAAAUAUAUCGGCGUGUUUGAUUUGAUGAUACCCAACGUGAACAGGAACAAGAGCAAUGAUUUGAGAUUGAUAUCUCCACCUCUGGCUUAUCUGCUUACUCAUAAAGCUAUGCGUCAACAUAAAACUCAACUUGUAUGGUUCCGUUGGUUAUAUGUUACUUUUUCACGAUAUAUGUUUGUCAAUGAUCUGAUGAAAGAAGUGGAUGCAGAAUAGUCCACUCUGCUUUGCACGAGAAUAAACAAAACACAAAGAGUUCAACGUACUUUGACAUGCGAGAAUAGCGCUUAGUGGCCAUUCUCCUUCGUUUGAAGACACGUGUUUUGUCACGUAUAACUCCUGCUCUUCCUCUUCCUUAUUUUUUACCUCAAAAGUACAAUUGAUCCCUUACAGUCAAAACCGCCUUUUGUUUCUGUCUCUUGUUUCUGCCUUUCUCGCGCUCGCUCUGUUGCCUUUUCUUUCUUUCGGUUUAAAAGCACAGUCAAAUUGAUUUUUUUUUUUUUUUUUUCAAAAACGAAAC